AUGGCCGACACCAACGCCAAGAUGUCAAAGAUUUGGCUCGUCUCCAAUGACAAUGCCACUAUGGAAGUCGACCGCGCUGUCUGCGAGCGCUCCAUGCUCAUCAAGAACAUGCUCGAGGAUGUCGGCGAUGGCAACAUCCGCCAGGACAACCCCAUUCCCAUCCCUAACGUCAACGAGGCCGUCCUGCGCAAGGUCAUCGAGUGGUGCACAUACCACCGCAACGAUCCCGUCCAAGCUGCGGAUGACGAAUCGGAUGUUCGCAAGAAGACCACCGACAUUGACGAGUGGGAUCAAAAGUUCAUGCAAGUUGACCAGGAGAUGCUGUUUGAGAUCAUACUCGCCUCCAAUUAUCUUGAUAUCAAGCCCCUUCUCGACGUUGGCUGCAAGACCGUUGCCAAUAUGAUCAAGGGCAAGUCGCCCGAGGAGAUCCGAAAGACAUUCAAUAUUACCAACGACUUCACACCCGAGGAGGAGGAGCAGAUCCGCCGCGAGAACGAGUGGGCCGAGGACCGAUAA